CUGAUCCCAUCUUACGGAGAUGCUCUGGGUUCGUUCCGCCGUGCCGCCCUGUCUACGGCCAUCUAUAGGUCGUCUUAACCUGGUAUAAUACUCUCCGAUAUUACGAAAUAGGUAAUACUCCGCAUGUCGUAGGAAUGCUACAGGCAGGUAACUCCGUAAACGGUCCCAGGACAUGAUGGCCUUGGUCAGGCUUACUCUCACGUAUUAUCACUUUUCCUUGGCCAACAUUUCUACGUCGAAAGCACCAUUUUAAGCCAGAAUAGAUAGAUCUCCCAUUUAGUGGAUCACCCAUCGUGAUAGGAACGCAGCGAGCGACCCCGACUCGCGCUCUGGGACCUACGAGAUGGCGCCGGGACAGCAGCCAAUGCACGUAUUGAUUAUCGGUGCUGGCAUUGUCGGCCUUACCAUUGCUCAGGGAUGCCGCGAAAACGGGAUCCCAUACACGAUAUUUGAAAAAGAUACACAAGGGAGUCGUCCUCAGGGUUGGGCUCUGACCUUACACUGGUGCCUAAAUCCGUUGAAGAGAACGAUCGGAGCCGAAGCUGCGGCGGCACUGCCUGCUGCUGUGGUAGAUAGAUCGCUGAAGAGUGAUAGCGGUAACUUUUUAUUCCUCAACUGCCAGACCGGCGACGUUCGUUACAAGAUACCCCCCUCGAAGAAUCGACUCCGGCUGCAUCGUCAGAGGCUCAGGGAUGUCCUUACCGCUGGCAUCGAGAUCCACGAACAGAAGAAGCUCGUGUCUAUAGAGGAGACUGACGAUGGGGUGGAGGCACAUUUCGAAGAUGGAACCUCCGCAGCUGGUACCUUGCUCAUCGGGGCGGACGGGAGCAAUAGCAAUGUCCGCAAGCACCUGUUGCCGAAUGCCUACGCUCUCACCCCCCUGCCGGUUAGCCUCAUCGGCGUCACCCGGCAUCUCAGUCCAGAGCAAGCUGCGCCGAUUCGGGCUCUGGGCCCGCUACUGUUCCAAGGGUUAGACCCCAGCACUGGGAACUUCCUCUGGUACAGCAUCCAGGACUCGCAUGAAGAGAUGCAUGGCCAGGCCUCUUUUGAUGCACAGGUUAUCAUCUCUUGGAUCGUGAAAGAUUCCCUUUUGGAUGCUAUCCCAGAGACGGAUAAGGGGCGUGUCGAAAUGAUGAAGCGGAGAGCGGCCGCAUUUGCGGAGCCGCUCCGAAGCAUCGUGGCGGAUAUUCCGGACGACCUCACCCCCACCACUGCCCUCAAGCUGGCCGAUUUCCCCUGCCGUGAAUGGGACAAUCGAAAUGGGCGUGUGACCCUCGCGGGAGAUAGCGCCCAUGCCAUGACAAUGUAUCGUGGGGAGGGCGCCAACCAUGGGAUUCUCGACGCGGCGUUGCUGGUAGAUCAACUCAAGAAAGUGCACCAGGGAGAAAUAAGCCGGGAGGAUGCCGUGGACAUAUAUGAAGCUGAGAUGAGACCCCGAGGUCUUGCCGCCGUCCUGAAGAGCCGUGAUGCUGCACUGAUCGCCCAUGAUUGGGAUGCCAUCACGGAAGACUCCCCAAUUGUCGGAGCAAGACUCCCGCCUCCUACCGCGUAAGACCGUGUGGUUUCUUCCCCUAUUAUUGCGGGACGUGGCUGGAGGGGCGAUUACUAUUCUGGUUACAUGUCACAUCUGAACGGGGAGUUGUAUAACCCACCCGAGGCCAGAUGGAGA